AUGGGCGGCGUCACGUCCACCAUCGCCGCGCGCUUCGCCUUCUUCCCGCCCACGCCGCCGUCCUACACAGUCGUGGUCGCCGACGCCGCCACCGGCCGCCUCGCCAUCCCGGAGAUCUCCCGGGCCCCCUCGCGCCGCCGGAGGCGGGACGGCGCCGGGGGCUCCUCCUCGGCCUCCUCCGUCGCGGCGGCCGCCGAGGAGGAGGACGGCGCGGAGGUGGUGCGCCUCCGGACCCGCCGCGGGAACGAGAUCGUGGGGGUGUACGUGCGCCACGCGCGGGCCUCCGCCACGAUGCUCUACUCCCACGGCAACGCCGCCGACCUCGGCCAGAUGUACGGGCUCUUCGUCGAGCUCAGCCGCCGCCUCCGAGUCAACCUCUUCGGGUAUGAUUAUUCUGGUUACGGGAGAUCUACAGGGAAGCCCACUGAGUGUAAUACAUAUGCAGACAUUGAAGCAGCAUAUAACUGCCUCAAGGAAAAAUAUGGUGUCGCAGAUGAGGAUAUAAUCUUAUAUGGUCAGUCUGUUGGAAGUGGUCCAACCAUUGAUCUUGCUUCGCGAUUGCCAGACUUGCGAGCCGUGGUUUUGCAUAGUCCUAUUUUAUCUGGGUUAAGAGUACUAUAUCCAGUCAAACGGACGUUUUGGUUCGACAUUUACAAGAACAUCGACAAAAUUGGCUUGGUAAAUUGUCCGGUGCUUGUCAUUCAUGGUACAUCAGAUGAUGUUGUUGACUGCUCCCACGGAAAACAGCUAUGGGAGCAAUGCAAAGUAAAAUAUUCUCCACUGUGGCUAAGUGGUGGUGGCCACUGCAAUCUCGAGCUAUAUCCAGAUUACAUUAAGCAUUUGAAGAAGUUUGUGUCAAGCGUUAGCAUAAAAACAUCAAAACCUGAACCAAAAGAGAUAAUGGCAAAGGAUGGCACUACCAGUAAAGAAACAAAGGAAGCAUACUCGGAGAAACCUCAAGAGGCUACAAAGUGCUCACAGAUCUCACGUAAGAGCCUAGAUAGCCGAGUCGGGAAAUCCAAAACAGUGGAUGUUCCUGAUAAACCACGGAUGAGCUCAGAUGACAUUGACAAGUUCCGGAGGAGAAGAUGCUUGGUUUGGUGA